AACAGUUUUAUUUUUCAAUUGCUAGAAAAGCACAGGAUGAAGAAAACUGCAGGGACGCUAUCGCUAUGGCAACCUCCCUCCCACUGAGCUCCAGACAAAUCUGUUAUCGAAAUACCGCAGAAAGAACCCAAGCUCCGCCCACCCGGAAGUCUUUGAGGAGGAAGUGGGCGGGGAUAAGCAGGCCUGUUACUUUCUUUUUCUGGCGCCGCCUCAAUUGGGCGGGGCUUGGCUGGAGGCAGCGGCGGCCGUUGCCUGGAGAAGCUGUUGCCGCCAGAGAUGUAUAAUACGGCGGCGGGGUAGAGGAGGGGCUGAGCUGUCAUCGGGGCCGCUUUGUGUUGUCAGACUAUAACGGCUGUGGAGCUCGGAGUGUGAGGGGAUGAGUGCGUGACGGCUCCGGGGAGCGGAACAAUGGAGCCAUAUGAAGAAUUUUAUAAGAAGCAGUUUGCCAGAUUACAGGGACAGGCGAUUACUACUGAACCUGCGUCCACCGGUCCACAAAGGGUAUCGCUCAUCCAGUUUCAUGGUGUUGCAGUCCUCUCUCCAUUGCUGACAGUGGAGAAAAGGCAAGAAAUGCAGCAAUAUCGACAGAAGGCCAUUGAGGUGAAUGAGAAGAGACUAAACAACAAGAAGAAAUCCUUACUAAAUCGAGUGCAAGAGAUACUGGAUACUGUUCAGGUGAAGACAGUUUCUAGCUGUAAGCCCGAUACAGAGAACGAAACCAGGGAUCAGAGCCCACAUAUGAAAAACCUGAAUGGCUUUGCAAUUCUUCCUGAUGCACUUAACAUUCCAGUGUUCUGUUCCCAAAAUGGGCCUGCAAAGUUUGAGAAGUCAGUGGAAGACCUGAUUUCUAAAAAAGAGCUAAAAUCCACAGAGAAAAUCUCUAGUAAGGAAUGUAAAGACCGCGUGCCUCCAACACAGAACAAGAGCCCUACUGCAAACAAUGCAAAGUUUGUAUCCAUGGAGAGCACGGACAGCUCCAUUCCAGAAACCUCAUUGAGGGAUUUGCCCCCUACUACUAAGGAUGCUCCAGAUCCAUAUGUAAUGAGCUUACAAAACCUCUUGAAGAAGUCCCGGGAGUAUAUUGAGCAAAGCAGGAGAAGUAUGAAAAGCAGUUCAAAGGGAAGUUCUACUGAAAGUCAUUCAGACAAGGAGAAUACCAUUAAAAUCAGUGACUCUGUAAAAGAAAAGACCAGACUGGCACACAGAAGUAGAAGCUCCAGCCCACUACUGGUUGACAAGCCGACAAUAAAUAAGUCCAAUACCUUGUUACAAGCCGCCUUAUCUCAGGGGCAGAACUCUGGUACUCUGCCAAUGUUCUCUAAAGUGGACAUACCUCUGAGACCAGAAACUUCUUCUGGUGCUGACACUGAGUCAGAUGAAGAACUUAGAAGUGGAUUUAUGCUUGAGUAUGAAAGUAACAUGAUAAAAAGCCUUACUGGUUCUUAUGCCAAAUUACCAAGUCCUGAGCCAAGUUUAAGCCCCAAAAUGCACAGACGUAGACCCAGGCCCUUAUCGGCAGGAAACAUUGUAAUUAACCACCCAGUUAAUGCCUAUGACUUAAGCCCCAAAGAAAAAGGUAAAAUGAUGGACCUGACACAUCCGGAAACAAAUGAGAAAACAUCACUUUCUGAAUUUGUGCCAAAAGACGUAGACAGAGUCAUAAUUUCUUCCAUGAAAAGACAUUCCUUCAGCGAAAGUAUUGACAUGUCUAAUUCGAUCAGACACUCAAGAAGUAAUCUUAUCAACUCAAAGAUGGACCAUGACUAUAGAGCAGAUCACUCGGGAACUGUCACAGGAGCCCAUUGCACCCCAAUUUGCAAAGGAGUCCAGUGCCCAAGCCCCUGCUCUGCUGUCAUACCGGAAGACUGUGCCUUAGGCCGGCAUGUGGACCCUUCAACAGUAUCACACAAGCCAUACAUUCCUCUGGAGGUGGUUAAGCAUAACUCCCCUGCAGAACUUAAUAAAUCUUAUGAUGUGGAAACCCCAUCUCCUAUCUUAAUGCAAAGUCAGAGUACAAAUCAAGCCUCAGACACUCCUAUUGUGUCCUCGGGAAGGGAACAGUUCACUGAGAACACCCUAGACAUUGAGGUGAAGCGCCGACUUGAUCUGGAUCUGGAAAGUACACAGUGUGAACACUCGCCAGUGCCAAGUGAGGAAGAGAAAAAGUGGCUUCAUGAGAGACAAAGUCGCAGUGGAUCACUCAAUGCACCCAAGAGUGAGAUGUUACUAAAUAGUACAUUAGAGGAUAACUUGAAGAAGAAGAUGUUGGCUUUUGAAGAAAUCAGGAAGAAACUUGAAGAACAGCACGCUUUUCAGCUGUCACUGCUGAUCGCUGAACAAGAAAGGGAACAAGAGAGGCUUCAAAGGGAGUUUGAAGAAGAAGGAAGAAGACUAAGGAUUAAGGAAGUGGACCUGCCUGAUUGGAUCAGUAGAAGUGAAAGCAGUCCUUCUGAGAGUCACUCAGUCAGCGCAGUUGGAUCACUUGUUGCUCCUUCGCAGCAUAUUUAUGGUUCUACCGUUGAGUCAUCCUUCAGUCUUUGGGGAUCAGCAGAGAGCAGAGCACCAAAGAUAUCAGCCUCAAGGCCUCUUAGCAGAGCGAAAACCAGAUGGUCUCAGGUUUACAGUCCACAAAUGCAAAGAAAAUUUAUCAAAGUAACUGCACUGGCCAAAGGUUUCCUUACACGGAGAUUAAUGCAGACGGAGAAGCUAAAGCAUCUAAAGCAAACUGUGAAAGAUACUGCUGAAUUUAUUAGAACAUUUCAUACUGAGGUUCAGCCAAGCAAAGGACUUGUGUCAGCCCAAGACAUUUCCUUACAGGAAAGAGUUUUUGCUCAGCUGCGGGCAGCUCUGUAUGAAAUCCAUGAUAUCUUCUUUGCAAUGGACGCUCCAGAACAAAUGAAUAUUUUGGCUCAUGACCGAGAACUGAGACGAGAGAAGAUGAUCAGACAAAUGGAAAAAAUAAAGAGCCCUCGAGAUAGGGUGACCUUGUCAUCAGCAACUCAGAAGUCUUUGGAUAGGAAAAAGUUCACCAGGGCAGUAGAAAUUGGAAUGUCAAAUAGGAAACCAAUAUCGAAACCAAAGGCCUUGGAUCCUAGAAUCCUUCAGCCAAGCCAAGGACAAAAUGCUCCUAUCAAUAAACUUCUGUCCAGACAAGGGAGUAUCUGCAAGAAAAACCCCAAGAAAGAAGCCAAGUGUUGUGACAAUUUACGCAGACAGCAUUCUUUGGGAUGAAGGAGUAGGAAGCGCUCAUUGUUUCCUAUUAUAUUUUGCUAUCUGUUGGAUUUGGAUGAUCUCCAAUAUAGAACACUGCAUGCUCCAUUCUAUUUGCACCCAAAGCGCCAGAGUCUUUACGUUGCUUUUGUUUUGCAUGACAGACAAUGUUAGCUGUACAAUCUCUUCUAAAGAUUUGCACAUUUUUACACUAUGGAUAGGUUUUAUGCUAUAUGAUCUUGAGAAGUUAGAAACUGAUAAGUGUUUUGGUGACUAUAGUUGGACUUUAUUUGGUAAAGGGAGUUGUCCUUCACUUUACAUUCAUUUUCUUGGUUUGUGCAUGAUCCAUAGAAACCAGAAAAUACCAUAUCCUGCUUUUAAUAUGUUAUGCAUUUUACUUCUAGUGGUGUAUUACAAUGCAAAUAUAUAGAUGUACAGUAAGAUGCUUGUUACACUUUAUUUAUAGCAGUUUUAGUGAAAUUAUCUUUGUUCAGGAGCACAUUUAAGAGUAGAGUACCACUGGAUAAAAUUCAGGAGGAAACGCUUAACCUAGUUGGAGAGAUCGGAGUGUACUGUGGUCAGUAACCCUAGUAAAGUAAUGUAUACAGUAUAGCCUAUUGAGUCUAGAGGGUGGCCUUAUUCACUGAUUGACAGCCUCUCAAUGUAUGAGCACACAUAUAAAUGAAGGGUGUCAGUCAGUGAGACCACCUUCCAGAUUAUACCCGACACCAAAAGGAAUCUGAGGUUGUACUGAAUCUAUAUAGCAAUCCGCUCCUCGUCUCCUGCACUAUACCUUUCUACAUGUAGAAUAGAGCAGUUUAAUAGAUCGACCUUAAAGGGGGCCUGUUACCAGAUCAGACUCUUAAGUCAGAGCAUCUGUUAGUUGCUCUUAGGGGAGCAUCUUAGCAGGUGCUAUGGCAACUUCUGAAUAGAAUCUGUGUGCAUUCGUAGGAAAGUUUUUUUCCGCGAGCUGACCCAUUUAAAAGGGCCAGCAAUCAGCUGGCAAACAAGACUCAUCCAGUAAUUUUAAGGGUGUAUUCACACUUGCAGUAUCCUCUGCAUAUAACGUUUACAUAUCACUUUUGAGCUGUCUCCAUUAGAUGCUGCACCAUAGAGCGGUAUGGCCUAAGGAGUCUUGUGGGCUCUCCUGACAUCUGUUUUUAGUAAAGAGGUGUAUUUCCCUCGAAAUAAAAUUCUUGAACAAUGUAGAGUUUUAAUUGGUAUUACAAAUAAUGCAGUUUUUGCUAAAACAGAUAAGUUGGAAGAGACAACAGCUCCAUUUUAAAGGGGUACUCCAACCCUAGACAUCUUAUCUCCUAUCCAAAGGAUAGGGGAUAAGAUGUCUGAUUGUGGGAGUCCAGCCGCUGGGGACCCCCGCGAUCUCUGCUGCGGCACCCCAGACUUCCAGUGCAUGGAGCAAACUCGGCUCCGUGCCGUAUGACUGGCGAUGUGUGUGACGUCACGGGCACUCCCCACUAAUGACGUCACGGCCACGCCCCUCCCAAAGACUUUCAUUGAGGGAGUGUGCCUGUGAAGUCACGAGCCUCCGGCGCUGCACCCGACGCUCUAAGCGAACGCCGGGUGCAGCAGGGAGAUCACAAGGGUCCCCAUCAGCGGGACCCCCGCGAUCAGACAUCUCAUCCUCUAUCCUUUGAACAGUAGACAACUUUUUCCUUUUCUUGUAAAUCCUUACAGUUAACUGUGAUUUACCAAAGCAUGCAUGGCUCAUCAUACUGGAUAUAAGAGUGUGUUUACCAGAGGUAUUUCUAGCUCUUAUUUGUGCCGUUUACUUUCUACUUUUACACUUUUGUUCAUAUUUAUUCUUAUUGUCAUUUAUUACUAUUGAUAUGAUCCAGUUUGGGAAAUUUAGUUAAAAUUUCCAAACCACAUAAGAUGUUCCUUUCAGUUAUAAACUGGCUUUGUUGAAUUACACACUAUUUCAUAUUGCUUCAUUAAAUAUGACAUAGUACUGUUUAUAUCCAGGCUUUUAAAGCUCCCAGAAGUGCAGCUACUAAUAUAGGACUGGUUAGUUUCAAUGGCAUUACACAAUUGGUAACAAUUUUCCUUUACUAGAUUUCUGUUCUAUUUGAAAUAAGAGACUAAUAUUCUUAAUAAAUUGACAUCUGAGAACCGUCCUCUUUCUGCAAUGCUGUGACUAUAGCUGAGUUACACAUCUGGUUUAUAUACUCACCUUUUCUAUGAACAAUUGUACAACUUCUGUUAUGUUUCCGAGGCUCUUUUGUUCUCUAAAUGGACAGACCAAAUUGUAAGCUCUCCGUGGCCGUUUUAUUUCUUUUCAAGUGCCAGAACAUUUUUAUGUACAGUACAUUAUUUUUAUUUAUACUUAAUUUACAGCUGCAUGCAGAUUGCUUUCUUUUAUAAAGUGUAUUUAUUUUUGUACAUCAUUUUGUAUGGUUUUUGUUCUUGCUUCGUUUUUUUAAAAGUAAUAAAGUUUUUUGUCAACAAUUUAAACAAGAA